AUGGUUAGAUUAACUUUACCCUUUCCUCUAGCCUUUGAGUCAUUGCAUUUUUAUUGCUGUGAUGGUGAAGUUGAAAUUGCUUCUAAUGCUUUACCCCCUGAAUUAGAUAAACUUUAUACUUCUAAUGACGAUGAUUCGGAUCAUUUUCGGACAUAUUCUCGCCUUUACAAUAACCUCUUUGCUUUUAGCUCAAUUGGUGGAUCAAUGGAUGGGGAUAUUCAUAAAGGAAUAUAUGCUUUGAAGGUUCAUGGCCAAAUUUAUCAUAAUAUUCCUGACCUCUUGCCUGAUAAUGAACCACCACAAUAUUUACAGCUUUACUUCUACGAUGCUAUGUUUGAGGCAGAAAAUAGACAUCGUCUUUUUCCAAACUUACGUCCGAGUAUAACUUCCUUGAUCAUGGCUAUUAUGCUUUUGAAUCCAUAUGCCAGGUUUUUCAAGUCUCUUCGGGAGACUGAAGUCACUGAAGAGACUGAAAUCAGGCUCAAUAAACACCCCGUUCUUGAUCAACGUGUUUACAAUGCUCCUACAUCCGAAGAAGUAGCUGUGAUAUGGAGUGAAGGUACUUCAUCUAGCCAAAGCAACAGCCCACAUAUCAUUGUUCAUGGGAAAUCAAACAAGAGCCAUAGGAUAUAUCAUUAUUAUGGCUGUUACGAUCCUCUACAAUACCCGCUUCUAUUUCCUCGAGGUGACUGUGGGUGGCAUCACGGUUUACUAAAAAUGUCUCACGGAGGACGGUCCCAGGUGGAAGACCUUUCAAAUAUUGUCAUUUCAGACAAUGUUCAAGAGGCAGCUGAUUUGGUAACUGAAGAAGGUUCUGCUGCUGCUCGGGGGAAGAAGGGCAAGCUUAUUUCUUGCAGGGAGUACUAUGCAUACAAGUUUCAAAUGCGUGCUGGAAAUUUCAUCCUACGGGCUAGGCGACCCACACCCCGCUACAUAACAAAUACCUAGCUACAUAUUAACAGAGAACUGAUGCAUUUUCAUAAAUCGCAGGCUGCAAACACAAUGCAAGAAGAACGCCAUUGGAUACAAGCCACUAUCCCUGAUGCUCAGUUGGAAAAUCUGCUUGCUUACCUAGGAUGUAACAACUGUGGAAAGCGCUGCCAAGAAGCAAAGGACGCAACUUUCAAAUGCCUCCACUGCUAAAAAAAAAACAGUACUGCCGCAGUCAGGUAAGAAUCAAUUCAAAUCAACAAAUGCAACAACUACAAUAACCAAAAUACUAAUGUCCCUUUACACACAGGGUAAAUUUCACAAUCGAUGUGAGUGACGCCACUGGGACACUAAGACUCACUGCUUUUGCUGAAGACUGUGAAAAACUCAUUGGUCUCCCUACUUCAGAGAUAUAUGAGAAGAAAAUGGCGGUAAGAACGGAAAAAAAAGGGGGAAAGGCCAUAUAAUUCGAAUAAAAACUCAACAAAAACAAUCCUUCGAAUCCCGCUUUCUGAUUUUAUUUUGUGCAUUAUUGGGCAGGGUAAUUGGCCAGAAUUUGAAGAUAUAGCUAGCAACCUAAAGGUGAGGACCAUCAAAUUCCAAAUAGCACCAACAACUUCUCUAACUAGAAUCGGGGUGCUCAAAUGGGCUAUCAAAGACGUUGAGAUUUGACGACAAAUGAAAGUGCUGCAACAAAAAACAAGAAGUAGUCGUUUGUCCUAAAACGACACCUUAUUGAAAUUAUGUGCCAUGUAAGAACUCUUUUAUUGAAAUCAAAUAAUAAAUGGCAAGUUUAAAGAUCAUUGCACCACUCCAAUUGAUAGUCACAACACCAACUCAUUGCAAUUACAAAUUUCAUUUACUGUACAUUUCAAGAUAAUAGCACCACUCCAAUAUGAUAGCCACGUAAAUCACAAUUCCCUUUACAAAACAACAGCCCACAAACAACUCAAAUAAAAAAUAAUUAACCCAAAAAACAACUACCAUAACCUCAUAAACAAAACACAAUCUAAACAAAAAAGGCAAACCGCUCCGCGCGCAUUGGCUCCCCUAGUAAAAGUAAAAUUGAAAAUGCGGGAUUUGUUUGGUAUUAUUUUUAUUUUUAAGUUUUCUAAUUUUUUUUAAAACUAAAAACCAAAACAGCAAACAAGCGAAAGGUGUUUACACUUUUCUGUUAUCAGUUUCAAAAUUAUCAUGAUUUUAAUAAGUCUAAA